CGUUUUUUUACUGCUUAUUUUUUAUCGUUUUUCUUUUUUUUCCAAAUAAUUCCUUGCCUCUUCAUUCCAUUCGACAUUGCACACACAUACACAAACCAAGUAUUGCCCCAUGCCCGGCUCUUGCACCACGAAAGAUAGACCUGGUCGUCGUUUUCCGACCGAACUUUUACUCGCCGUAUUCAUUCAUUUAGACGGAUCUACUUUGGCAUCGUGCGCUGCCGUCUGUCGAGAAUGGCAUUCCAUAAUCAACAACAGCUAUGACGAUGUGAUUUGGAAAUCGUGUUCACUUUCUGAUUUUCAUAAACAAAAAACAGCCACACGGCGUUUUUGGUCGCUGCAUUUCCCAAAUCCUCAGCAUUACAACCCACUGACGCAUCGAUAUAAACGGACUUGGCAAGACAUGUAUCGUAUCACCAAAAACUGGUUCACUGGCAACUGUUAUGGCUCGUUUCCGAAGAUAACCACAACCACCCUUAUGGCCAGCUCACUUUUGGACGAUCGUGCCAUGCUGUCUCCCCAGGUGGUUGUGGGUAUACCGCAAGAACAUACAUUUGCCACUACACUGACAAUGACAUCCUCCGGUCAUAUUAUCCGAUCGAAUCCAACGUAUCGCCGACCGGAUGGCCCGCAGUGUCUGAUAAUCCAGUCACCUUGGACGCGUGAAUACGAGUAUCUUGAUGAAACCGAGGAGCAUCGGAUGCAUACCGUGUUUUGCCAUUACACACAUUUGUCGUCGAAAUGGUUGGUUACGGGCAGUUUGGAUGGUACGGUGGCACUAUGGGAUACCGUUGAAAAACGGAUGCUGCGUUCUUGGGAGGGUCAUCGAGGCCGUGUAUUAUGUGUUGCUAUGAACAAUCAAGUGGUUGUGAGCGGUGGAUCAGACAGUAUGAUCCGUGUCUGGGAUUUGCCCGAAAAAUCCACAGGCGAAUCUCGAGGCAUGAUUGAUAUUUCAUCGUAUCUAUCUGCUCGGAGUGAUUGGAUCCAAGGUGUAGGCGAAAUCGCUGUUAAUGAGCAUUUGAUUGCCUGUUCGCCUGAUGCUUCUGGUCCAAUCUUGGUUUUCUCGCUACUGACGGGAUCCCUUGUGUACGAGCUCAGCACAGCCAAAGCACCGCUACGUUCGACAAUGAGCUGGGAUACAGCAGCAUCAGAUGAAGAAGAAGAAGAGGAAAUGACAGGAUUUACCAAGUUGUGUUUGACACCUUAUUUUUUGCUGACGAAAGGCACAUUGCCUAGCCACAAUGACGAUAUACCAGUAAUUCCACGACCAUCUCGCGCUGCUACCGAUACAUCAACCCAAUCCACAACAGCACCAACCUCUACUACUUGUCCAUCAAAACCCCACUCAUAUGGAUAUAUUGCUCGGCUAGACGAUUCUUCACUUUCACAUACACCAACCCCGCCAGCCGGCACUACGCAACAAAUGACACCUUAUCAACUGUAUCAAUAUUACCAAAGCAUCAACAACAAUGACCCACCAUAUGUUUCAGCAUCGGCAUCUUCAUCUUCUUCAUCAUCAUCAUCAUCAGUACCAGACGCAACGACGGCAACAACAGCUCCAGGCACAAACAGAUCAGCAUCAAGACAAAUCCGUGGUUGUAUUAAUGUAUGGGACCUGCAAACCGGCAGUAUUGUUUACCGCCUUGUGCCAGAAUUCGACCAUCCAGCCCCCGAAACGGGAUACACCAUUACAGAUAUUAGAACAAGCCCCGACUCUUCGAAAGUAUAUGCAUGCAUCGAAAUACGAAAACGACAUCAACGACACGAAAAACUAUUUUGUUGGAACUUUGCCGGUACACAAAAGGGCCAACCAUCGCCAGAUGAACCUUGUAUUGUGCAAAUUGACGGUCAGUUACCGCAAGAACAGAAUAUUUCAAAUACCCUAUCAUCAUAUUCAUCAACUAGCCACCAUCAUCAGCAACAGCGGCAAACAGUGGGUCAUUCCUGGGUUUGCUUUAUGUAAAUUUUCCAUUUCUACCAAAACAGAAACCACCUUCAUUCUCUCUUUUUGCUAUGUGUGUAUAUAUAUAAGCUACUACUUUUACAAUUGACAAUAAAAAUGAUAAUAGCAAAGAGGGAAAAUUACU